AGCACCUAGGUCUUUUUGUAGUAUACAACAGAGAAAUGUCAUAUUGCCGUAUAUGACUUUUAAUUUUGAUAAAAUAGUGUAUAUCCAUUUGUAUUUCUUAUCAACAUUAUCCGGAGUAGUACAGAGUGACAACUGUUUCUUACUUACAACAAUAAUAUUUCGUUCGUCUCAUAAAUUUCAAUGAUCAACUAUUAUAUUGAGCAUGGUAGAAGAUAAAAAAUAUGAAAUUGGGAGCCGUAUUGAGUGUGAUGAACAUCGAGGUACAUUAAAAUAUGUCGGCCCUGUUAGUGACACAAAGGGUCAGUGGUUUGGUAUAGAUUGGGAUGACCCAGCUCGUGGGAAACAUAAUGGCACGUAUGAAGGAAUAGAAUAUUUUAAAGCUAGGUAUCCUACUUCGGGUUCAUUUAUACGUCCAGGUAAAGCAAAAUUUGGAAUCUCUUGUCCACAAGCUAUUAAGACUCGUUAUGGUCUUAUUAAUGAUGAAUUGGCGGGCAUAGAUAGAGAUACACUGAUAAGCUUGCAAAAGGGAAUGAAUGCUCCUUUUUUGGAAGUUGUUGGUUUUUCUAAAGUAAAUAGGAAACAAAGCAAAUUUGACCAAUUAAAAAUAGUUUGGUUGAGAGAACAAUAUGUCAGUAAUGCUGGCAACAUUGGCGAAUUGGAAGAAUUGUGUCCAAAUUUGGAAGAAUUAGAUAUAUCUAGAAAUUUAAUAAAUAGCUGGCAAAUUAUAGCAAAUAUCUGUUAUCAGCUUCAUUCUCUUGUUCGUCUUAAUGUCAGUGAAAAUUAUUUACCAAUUGAAGAAAAUAUGGAAGAACUAAGUAAUUCGUUUUUAAUGGUUCAACAUUUAAUCAUGACAAGAAUGAAUUAUAAUUGGCUUGAUAUUCAGCAAUGUAUGCAUAUGUUUCCAUCUCUUCAAGGACUUUCAAUUUCUUUCAAUAUUAUCAGUACCUUGCAAAAGCCAUUAGAGGGUGACAACUUGAUGAAAAUACAUACAUUAAUGCUUGAAGGAAAUUUGAUAUCCAGUUGGGAUGAAAUUCUUAAAUUGGGUUCACUUUCAUGCUUAGAAUACCUAAAUUUAAAUUUAAAUAAGAUAGACAAAAUAAGAUUUCCAUCUGUUGAACCAACAGCAAAAACUCCAGCCUUUCCUGCUUUACGACAGUUGCAUCUAUCGCAAAAUAACAUAUCAGAGUGGCAAUCUGUGUCCGAAUUAGAAAAACUUAAUAAUUUAGAAGAUCUGAAAUUUAAAGAAAAUCCAAUUUUGAGAGAUGAAAGUCUAGAAACUGCACGCCAAUUAAUAAUAGCAAGAAUUUCAAAACUACGAACUUUAAAUGGCACCGAUAUUGAGCAACAUGAAAGAAGGGGUGCGGAAUAUGAUUAUUUGAAACUGUAUUUACAAAAAUGGACUGAAACUGAAAAGGAUUCUGAAAAAAGAAAGGAAUUUAUCAUCGAACAUCCUCGAUACCCGGCAUUGGUCGAACAAUACGGAAUUUCUGAUAUCCCGUCAUCCAAACCGAAAGUGGAAAUGGUUUCUAAUGUCAUAACAGUAGAGUUUAUGUGUCCAGAUAAUCCCGACCAACCUAGGGACAUUAAAAGGAAGCUUCUAAAAGACAUGGAAGUUCAAAAAGUUAUUGGACUUACACAACGGCUUUUCAGAACAGGAGGAAAGAUACCGUCACUAUCAUUUAUACAACACAAUCUUUCAAAGGAUGAAAUUCCAUUAGAUAAACCGCUUCAAGAACUGAGAUAUUAUUCGAUACAAGAUGGAGAUCAAGUUCUUGUGAGGUGGUGAUAUGAAAUGAAUUGUUCAUAGACAUAAUUGUAUUUUGUACACUGUUAAAAUUUCACCUCCGUACUUUGUUAUUAAACUUUUUUAAUUGCACAAGUAUAUUUCUU